AUGUACAAUAGCCAUACAGAUAUUUGGAUAGCCGGCGCAUUCGCUGCCGUCGUCGUCGAUUUCAUUGUCUACCCUGUCGACACCUUGAAAACCCGCAUUCAAUCCCCGAAUUAUGAGCGCGUGUUCAAAGAUGCACGUACAGGUGCCGUGAAACGAAAUGUGCUUUUUCGGGGAUUAUACCAGGGCGUUUGGAGUGUCGUAUUCUCCACGAUUCCCUCAUCUGGAGCAUUUUUUACAACAUACGAAGCAGUCAAAUAUGCAUUCUACAAUUCAUCCACCAACGCAAGACAAGAAUCUGAACAUCAACGCUCGCGCUCCAAACUCCGUCUCCCAUUCGACCACUCCCUCCCUACGCCAAUCAUCCACGCCAUAGCAUCUUCAUCCGCCGAGAUGGUCUCAUGUCUCCUGCUUACACCAGCAGAAGUCCUAAAGCAAAACGCGCAGAUGAUCAACAGUCCCCAAAAACAAUCGGGAUCUACACCAAAAGAUGCAUCCACCAACAAGCAUUAUAAAACCAAUACAUCGGCGAUGCGACAAGUUCUUUCACGGUUCAAGUCCCACCCUUGGCGCCUUUGGAGCGGAUAUACUGCUCUUGUGGGACGCAAUCUUCCUUUCACUGGACUGCAGUUUCCUAUGUUUGAGUUUAUCCGCACGCGCGUUACUGAUUGGAGACAAUCACGGAAAGGAGAGGGACGGUCUUCUCUAGGGAGGGAUAGUUCCGCUCUUCAUCCAUCAUCAUUGUCGUCAUCUGCACAGAGAGAAGCACUCAUUGAGCGGGCAGGGGUUACGGCCUUUUCGGCGGGUGUGGCGGGUACCAUUUCGUCUUUUGUGACGACGCCGAUUGAUGUUGUGAAGACGAGGGUAAUGCUUUCGGCUGCUGAUGAUAUAGCGAGGACGGAGGGGGAUACAAGUCGAGUUCAACGUCAAGGUUCAAAGAAGGGGACUUGGGUUGUUGGGAAGGAGACGUUCCGUAAGGAAGGGGUUAGAGGGCUGUUUAAAGGUGGCGCAAUACGGUCUGUGUGGACUGCUGUCUCGAUGAGCUUAUAUCUGAGUUUAUAUGAGGGGGGAAGAAUGUUUUUGGAGAACCGUCGUCGCGAGAUGGAGGGUGUUGGAGCUGGAAGAGGAGACGAAGAUGGAGAUAUGGUAAUUUAA